GUUACAAUGUUGACAAAGAUGAUGCCUACAAUGAUGAUCUUGUACAUAAACAUGUGUCUGCUAGUACCUGUAUUAAGAAUGCUGUUUCUGAGACUUUUGAUUUUGAUGUUCACACUUUUUCAUUACCUCUUACUGGGAAAGAUGUCACAGGUACUAUCUCUGAUGUAGUUACAAAGGUUGAUAUCACUGACAAUAACACUGGUGUUUGUAACAAUGUUGUCAAAAAUUUUACUAGGAAUGUUGCCUCUAAUGUUGUUUCUGAUGAUAAUACCAGUGCUUCUCAACAUGUUGUUCAUAAUGUUGCCAGUAAUAUUGCUACAAAUGAUGUCACAACUGUUAACACAAAGAAUUCUCAAAAAGUAGCCAGUCAUGUUGCCAAUGAUGUUGCCAGCAAUGUUGUCUGUGAUGUUUUGGAUAAUGUUGUAAAUAAUAUUGCCAAGAAUGUUGACACACAUGUUUUUCCAAAUGUCAAAGCAAACAGUUCUCAAAAUGUAGUCUGUCAUGUUGCCAGUGAAGUUGACAACAAUGUUGUCUGUGACUUUUUAGAAAACAUUGACCCUACUAAUCAUAGUUUUGUUGAACAUGAUACUGUAUGUAGUACUACACACAAUGUUGUUACAGAGCCAAGUGAUACAAAACCAUUUUUGAAAUUUAUCUCUUACUUUGAUAUGAACAAUGACAAAUUCAAUUUAUCACUAGACCAACUCAACAGUCUUAAACAGUGUGUGUAUCGGAAUCGUGACGUAUUCGUAACGGAUGAAAAUCCUUCUUUAGGGUUUACUACAGUGGUGGAGCAUCGUAUUAACUUGAAAGCUGAUGCCAAACCUAAGUAUCACAAACCGUAUAGACUAUCUCCGGACAAACGUGAUGUUUUGCGUGUACAAUUGACUAAUCUCCUAAACCAGGGUAUUAUAGCACCUCUUGAUGAAAAGGAGGAUGUACCAAUAUCUAGCCCUAUUGUGCUUGUUUCAAAACGGAAGUCUGGUGAUAACUCCACUCAGCCAUCGUCAUCUUACUGAUUCUGUUGCGAUUUUCGCUACUUGAAUUCACAAACUGAACCAUUUCGCUACACAAUACCAAACCUUCAGGAACUGACUGAAUCAUUUGAUCGUCAAAACCCAAAUUACAUCACCUAUUGAUAUGAGUUCUGGCUUUUUUCAGAUGGGGAUAGAGAAGGACUCUACAAAGUAUACAGCAUUCAACACUUGCUUUGGUAGCUACAAAUUUUUACGCCUACCUAUGGGGUUGAGCACAUCUCCCAACAGCUUCCAGUUACUUAUGGACAAAGUACUGCACGGUUUAACCUUCAAAUCAGUCUUGUGUUAUUUGGACGAUAUUCUAAUUUGCUCGCAUACUUUCGAUCAGCACAUGGCAGAUAUUGAGGAAGUGUUUAGUCGUCUUCGGGCAGCUGGUCUGAAGCUAGGCCCGAAAAAGUGUUCGUUCGCGAAGUCAACAUGUACUUUUCUCGGUCAUGAAAUUUCAUGUGCUGGUAUCCGUCCACCUGCUGACCGUGUGAACGCUGUUCAGAACUUUCCUGCACCUACUAGUCAGAAGGAGUUACGCCGUGCGAUGGGUCUCAUGAAUUGGUUCAGGAAAUUUAUACCUCAGUUUAGCGAAACGUCAUUUCCACUUACCCAACUGUUGAAGAAAGGUAUUCGUUUCUGUUGGACUUCAGAACAUGAUCGCGCAUUUCAGAAACUUAAAACAGCGCUUUUGGAGUCGGAAGCAUUAGCAUUUCCUCGCUAUGAUAUCGAAUUUCGUGUAGCAGUGGACACAUCUUGUCGGGGCAUUGGCUAUAUGCUAUAUCAAAUUUGAAUACUUAUCAACAGACGUAUGGACCAACAAAAUUAGAAUUAUUGGGCAUGGUGCAGUGUUUUGGAUUGCGCGCAUUAUCUACGUGGUAGACAUUUUGUAGUCGAGUGUGACCACCAAGCUUUACAGCCUUUAUUCCAGAAGCAGCUUCGUGGGGCGAUCUAUGAACGAUGGCUCGCCAUCCUUCAGCAAUUUGACAUUAGUAUUGAAUACAAACCCGCUCGCCAGAUGGUAGUGCCUGACGCUUUAUCGCGAUGCCACCCUUAUCCUCAUGGAGUUAUAGAUUCCAGUCCAGCGGAGGAGGAUUUGAAUUUUCCUUUCAUCGAGGAUGUUCAUGCUGUUGGGGUCACCCUCCCUAAUGGACAGAAAUUAAGUUCUGUCAUUCAUUCUGAUAGUAGUGACAAUGACAUUAUUGUGAAUAACAUGUGUAUGAUUCCCUCCUCUGUCUUACGGUCAGACAUUGUUUGUAGUGAUGCUUAUGAUGCGGACACUGAGGAUGGUGAUAUUGCUGUCAAGGGUGUACCACAAAGGAAAAAGC